GUUGGGACCCAUUUGCACAAAUAUCCUCCGCAGCCUCAUAAUCCAUCCCUUCUCCCCCUAAAACACUUCCUAAAUCCUUACCCAGUCUAAAAUUUAUUGGAAAAAGAAAGCACAGAAGAAGAGAGAGAAACACACACAGCAACAGCCACACAUACGAGCCCCUGCAGUUGCAGAACACUGAAAAGAUCUUCAAGAGUUAGAACGUUGGGAAGCCAUGGUGGUUGCAGUUCCAGUAACAUCGUCCCAGCUCCUCUUCUCAAGCUCUCCUUCUUCUUCUAUCUCGCGUCUCUCUUCUUUCCAUCUAUGCGUCUCCGAUGCUAAGUCACUCUUCUCAUGUCCCACCAACAGCAAAAGACAGAGCAAUUCCGGUAGUGACACCGCUGGCAUCCGGUGCGCGGCUGUCGGAACUGAAACAGCUACAGAGACAAAGAAGAAAAGUAGGUUCGAGAUUCAGACUCUAACGAGCUGGUUGUUGAAACAAGAACAGUCAGGGCAUAUAGACGCGGAGCUCACGAUUGUUCUCUCAAGCAUUUCUAUGGCUUGCAAGCAAAUCGCAUCGCUUGUACAGAGAGCUAGCAUUUCGAACCUCACAGGAGUCCAAGGCGCCGUUAACGUGCAAGGAGAAGACCAAAAGAAGCUCGACGUCGUCUCUAACGAGGUGUUUUCUAAUUGCUUGAGAUCAAGCGGGCGAACGGGGAUCAUAGCAUCAGAGGAAGAGGACGUGCCGGUUGCAGUGGAAGAGAGUUACUCCGGCAACUACAUUGUUGUCUUCGACCCCCUCGACGGCUCUUCCAACAUCGACGCCGCUGUUUCCACCGGCUCCAUCUUUGGUAUUUACAGCCCCAACGACGAGUGCCUCGCCGACAUCGAUGACGACUCCACGCUGGACCAAGCGAAAGAGAGGUGCGUGGUCAGUGUAUGCCAACCUGGCAGCAACCUAUUGGCAGCUGGGUACUGCAUGUACUCGAGCUCGGUGAUCUUCGUGUUGUCCAUGGGGAAGGGAGUGUUCGCGUUCACGUUGGACCCCAUGUAUGGGGAGUUCGUUUUAACCCAAGAGAAUAUUCAGAUACCCAAAUCCGGUAAGAUAUAUGCCUUCAACGAAGGCAACUACCAGCUGUGGGAUGAUAAAUUGAAGAAGUAUAUCGAUGACCUCAAAGACCCGGGCCCUAGCGGCAAGCCCUACUCUGCUCGAUACAUCGGCAGCCUCGUCGGAGAUUUCCACCGGACACUUCUCUACGGUGGAAUUUACGGGUAUCCCAGGGACAAGAAGAGCAAGAAUGGGAAGCUGAGGCUCUUGUAUGAGUGUGCACCCAUGAGCUAUUUAGUGGAACAAGCCGGCGGCAAAGGUUCAGACGGCCAUCAGAGAAUACUUGAUAUCCAACCGGUGGAGAUUCAUCAGCGCGUUCCGCUCUAUAUUGGAAGUGUAGAAGAGGUUGAGAAACUAGAGAAGUACUUGGCUUGAUAAUUCUAUAGCCAAGAGAGAUUUGUUUUGUUAUUGAAUAUGAUGACCAGAGAACUUGUGAAGAUAUGGCCAAGAUUUUAACAAAAACUUAAAAGCAUCGAUGAGUUUUCUUAUAUUUGUCUUCAUUUUCAUUUAAUUUCUUUUUAUAUUGUGUUUGUACCAAAUCUCGCCAUAUAAUCUGUUUUCAGUUACCCCUUCUAGCCA